AUUCUCGGAACAUUACACUCAAGACUCGUACAUUUAUCGCCGCCGCAGCAUUCCCCAUCCGUAAAGUCUGCUACCAUUUUUCCACAUUGUCGAAAGCUAAUAUAAUCCAACUCCAAUACCACUUUUUCGCCUUUCUCGUCGCCUUUAUCAUGUCGUACAACGUGUACCUCAGAGAACAUGUCGGUGGAGCCCGUAACCACCACAUCAUCUUCGUCCAAACCGAAUCAAACGGAGGUGGAUUUAUUUUCCAGGUUGCUGGAAACAUUCAGCAAGGGAUGGCGUUCGACCACAAGGGGGCCAAGCCCGCUGAAGAAUCAGAGACCUGCCUUGGUCAGGAGAAGAUCGGGACGGUCACGAAAGCCAAUUUCGAUAGAAUCCAAUCUAUCGUCGAGACGCUACCACCACCACCCAAACAAUUCAACGGACCGAAACGCAUCAAUCUAAGUGUACCCCUCUGACGCUGCCAGGAAUGGACCGCCGAUGCGAUUCAACUGUUGAAAGAUGAAGGUGUCUUGGAGACUUAGGAUGCUGGUGAUAGCAAUGGGUCUCAAUUUCUGGAUAGAUUGUCGCGCUUUGCGUAUCAUGUACAUGUACUCAUUCGAAUUUUAAAUUGUAGUUCUCGGUAUCUAAAGUCUAAACCGAC